CCCAGCAUGCAUCUCGGCUCAGUGCGGAGGAAAAUGAAUUCGGCCAUGUCGUGCUAAACCCCGGGCUGAAAGAAAACGACAUCGAAGUGCCGAAAAACAGCAUUUAGUGCGAUACGACCGUACGCAGAGAAGACCAGAGGAGUCGAGAAGCAGCACACGAGUGAAUUCGAGCGGAAAGAUGAGCGGAGGGACGCCUUAUAUCGGCAGCAAGAUCAGUCUGAUCUCAAAGGCCGAGAUCCGAUAUGAGGGAGUUUUAUACACGAUCGACACCGAGAACAGCACGGUAGCUUUGGCUAAAGUGAAGUCCUUCGGCACCGAGGAUCGCCCCACGGACAGACCCAUCCCUCCUCGAGACGAUGUCUUUGAGUACAUCAUCUUCAGAGGAAGUGACAUCAAAGACCUGACGGUGUGCGAGCCGCCCAAACCCACCUGCAACCUUCCUCAGGAUCCGGCCAUCGUGCAGUCCUCUCUGGCGUCCAGCGCCGGCCCCGCGGCUCCUUCCUUCCAGUCGUACGCCCCGUUCAGCCGGGCCCCGUACAGCCAGUUCAGCUCCAGUCCGCUGGUACCCCAGCCGUUCGGAGCGGCGGCCCCCGGUGGAAGCAGCUCAGGUCCUGCGUUUGGUAGCGAGGCGAGCACUACUGCCCCUCUGUCCCAGAGCUCUGCUCUUCCCCCACACUCUCGCUCGCUGAGUGCUACCAAACCCGAAGGUCGCUCCAGCCCAUCUCUGGAGCCUUUAAGGAAGACCCCGACCCUGGAGCAUGCGGUUCAGACGGCCCCGGUCGCUUCCUCUGCUGCUGCGGCCAGUACGGUGAGCCAGAGGAGCCCUGCAACGGCUCGACCCGCUCUCAGCGGCCAGAAGUCUUCUGAAAACCAAGAACACAAAGCUACAGCGUCUGACGCUCAGAAGAUUCCUCGGCCAGAAUCGGACUUGAGGCCUGAUAACAAAGACCCAAACAAACGGCAGUCUGGUGGUGGUGCUCCUCCGAUGAGAAAGGGGCGGGGCGGCGGUGGCGGAGGCGGCGAGCGUGGGCGGGGCAGGUUUAACGGGCGUAGAGAUGGACCAAUGAAAUUUGAGAAGGACUUUGACUUUGAGAGCGCCAACGCCCAGUUCAAUAAGGAGGAGAUCGACCUUGAGUUCCAAAACAAACUUAAAAUUAAAGAUGAGAAGACUGAGAAGUCGGAGAAGACUCUGAACGGGGAGGAGAAGACCGAUUCAGGCGUGGAGACCCAGAACAGUGAAGGUAAUGCUGAUGAGGAGGAUCCGCUGGGACCUAACUGUUAUUAUGACAAAUCCAAGUCCUUCUUCGACAACAUCUCCUGCGACGACUCCAGGAAGGAGAAAUCAGGAGGUGCUUUUGGGAGGGAACGGAGGCAGACCUGGGCGGAGGAGAGGAGGAUGAACGCAGAGACGUUCGGUAUUCCUCUGCGUCACAAUCGCGGACGCGGCGGUUUCCGGGGCAGAGGGGGCGGCAUGGGCUUCCGUGGAGGUCGCGGGCGAGCGGCUAGCAGGGGCUCGUUCAUGCCCACCCGCGGCGGCGGAGGCGGCUUCAGAGGAGGGUUUAGAGGCGGCAGAGGAGGGCGGGAGUUCUCUGACUUUGAGUACAGGAAGGAGAAUAAAGUGGCGGCGUAGUCCAUCCUGAAGACCAGAUCACCCGAACAGCCAAGAAUCUCUGAUCAUCACGUCUAGAUUAACGCUUUGGUUUUGACUCCUGACUAACGGGAACUGCCUCUCUCUGUUUAACACCAGCGCAGGUGACGCCUGCCUUCAGCUGGACACGCAGCUUCAAGUUUAUUUUCUCCUUUCUUCCUUUUUUUAGAAAAAGAAUUAAAAAAAACAUUUGCUGUUUUUUGGAGCCGUUUGACCUGCAUUCGAUGCGCUCGGAGGGGAGGAUUUGUGUACAAAAUGCCGUAAAACUUCCGUGGAAUGACGAUUUAUUAUGUUUUGUUCUGUUUUUUCAUCAAACUUUAGUUCCUUUCGUAAUAAGCAGAGGAAGGUAUUUGAUAAUAAUCAAUUAGGUGUACAGGACCCCGUCGAUACUGUGAGCGCUCCUCAGUCGAUAGCUUUAUUAUGCCAUGUUUGGAAGCACCAAAACCCGUUCUAGAAGCGGCUGGGUUUAAGUCAGAGCUCUGCCACCCAAAUUAAACACCCAGCCGGAUUCACAUCAGUCAUCCAUAGGUGCUUUCGCUUCAUUUAAUAGUCUCACGUACUUCGUAGUACUAGUAUUGUUUUGUUUUUUUAGCUCAUUAGUUUAUUUCAACCCCUAAAAUAUCUGGUCAAGCUGUCUAGCAGUAGCUCACGGAAACACCCCGGUGUGUGAUUGAAUGUAUUGAUGAAUUCAGCUCUCGUUUUCGUCCUGAAGUCCUCUCUCUGCAAAAUGUAUUUUGAUAUUCGAGUGCCAGUUGUUCUUGCCUUUUGAUGUCAAUUAUGUCGAUUUCUAAGAGGGCUUUUUGAUAUAAACUCGACACGAACCCCAAACGAUGAGCCCCGUCACCAUUUAGCGCCAAGAUCUUCUGGAAAGAUCCCGAAACCCUUUAAGAGCCAGAUUGGAUGUGUCGAAAUUGUGUUCGUGUGCACUUUAAAGACAAACGACGCCGGCGUAGCGUGUCACGCGUGAUGUGGAGGCUGAAUUUGAUGUCAUAAUGCUCGUACACCAGAUAUGGAAUCGUUUUUGAGUUACGAAGAAACCGAUGCAUCGUGCAGCUCUUUAAAAAAAAAAAACUAAAAAAACUUUCGGCAUCGCGUUUGAUGCUCAGGUCUAAACGGGGAGGCCAAUUAAGUGUCCAUAAUGAGUCCAUGAACCCCUCUAUUGUGAAUAGUUCUGUUCCCUGUAUGUUAAAGUGUUGUUUCUGGCACCAGGAGUGAAGUUUGAUCCCUUCUCUCCUCUUUAAACGUCACUGAAGCACUAGUUCCUGCACUGUUAGAUGGGAGUUCAUUCUUCUUCUUUUUUUGGUGUGCUUCAUGUUUUAAAUUUGUGUUUCAGAGAUCCAAAGACUGAAUUACGGAUAACAUUCGAAGGAGAGGUGCUCUCUCUCAGCAUUAUUUUUCUCAGAGUAUGUCUGGUCUAUUCAUAGUUUUCAACUCUACUUUUAUUAGCUCAAACGCUCCCUUUAAAAAGCACUACGAAUUGCAACAUGCAGGCAGCUAGUAAAACGCCGUCUGAGCGAUCGCUCGGACCUGGGGCAUGAUGGGAAACCUCAGAGCGAGUGGCAGAGAUUGGUGCUGAGCAGCUGGAUUUGGACUGGAGUGAGAUGUGAAGUGAAUCCUCAGGCCUGAUGCCGCCAUGAAGUCGAAGCGAACCUCGAUGUUAAACUGGACAGGUGUGCAGAAUGUGUCGAUGUGAUUUUUUUUUUUUUUCUUGUGGCCAGAGCUCUGGAGGAAUUUGAUUGGCAAGUUUUUUUUCUUCUGAAUUCGAGCAGUUGUACACAGUGUGCUCUUGAGGGCUUCAAACGGGGCAAACUGAGGUUUUUAUUCAACAAGAGAAAUAAAUAGUUGUUCAGUA